AUGUGGUCCAUUUUAACAGCCUUGCUUGCGCUGCCUCUCCUGGCCGUCAUCUCCAUUCCACUCAUCCUGUCAGCAUGGGUAACGAUAUCAUUUGCGCUAUUCGCGCUGGUAUUGCGGCUCUCGGUGGUUUCUAUUGAGUUGGUCUAUGGACUACUCUUGCAUUUCCUCUCAGUGCCUACCUCCUCCACGUCGUCACUGUUGACAUUCGCGGCUUCGGAACCUACAACCCCAGCAGAUGGUAGGUCCAGACGCAACUCCGGGCAUGGAGCCCAGCCUCGAAAGAAUAAUGAGACUCUUGCAUCGUGGGCCAUUGGCACGAGCUUGGAAGAGCCAGAAAAUAGGAGAAGAAAUUCCUACGCCCACAGCAUGAUCGAAGCCCACAACCUAUAUCCCUCAACGCCGUUCGGAUUUCCCGUCUGCGGAGAUGAAGGACGGGACUUCGAAGGCGUAGGCGGCUGGCGCUCUUGUAUGCCCUCCAAAGCCCGUAGUACCCAUUCUCUUUACGAGAAAGGCACAAGCAAGGCAGCAAGCUCGGAAUCAUCAUCUUCAACGCAUAGCCGGACCGGCGAGGGAGAUCCAGACGCAGAUAUCGACGCAGACGAGCGUGCCUGGCUAUCUCUAAACCAUCGCCUUGAGCUUCCUUCUCAGCUUGUUACCCUGGGAGCUAGUGGCUACCCUGCAACCGCACUAAACAGUCCCACGCAUUUCGACAAUUCCCGCAACGGCCGAUGUCAUUUCCAGACAUUUUCACCUGGCGCAGACUCACAUGGUCUCCAAUUCGAUGAGCAUCACGAUGGACAUAGGAAUCAUCACCGCUCACUGACCACAUCUUCACUGACCACAUCUGACCGCCGCACUGGCACGGGUCUUUCUCUGGCAUUGUUGACUAGACCUGAUAACACUGCUCCCCAUUCCAGGGAGUAUGGCUAUGGCAUGUCUUCAUCUACAUCUCGCCUAUCAGCCCCUUUCAUGACACCACAGCCAUAUGCACCAUUCAAUACACAGUCACGGGCUCUACCCCGUGGUUUACCGGUGAACGGUGCACCCUAUACGAGCUCAUAUCUCUCCAGCUCUGUUGAUGGAGGCCACAGCUUUGGAAGUAAUAGCAGUGGCGGGAGUGCGGGUGGGUAUUUUUCUCUCAGACGACGGAGUUCCUCUGGGAAUCAUACCCUCUCUCCGAGUGCUAGUGGGUAUACAACCCCUGGCGUUGGUGCAUCGACCGAUGAGCGUGAUGCGUCACUGGGGUUUGCACGUUUGAUGGCACAUUAUCCUACCAGUCCGAGGCACCGAAGGCAGAGUAUCUCAGGGUCGAAUUCGAGGGGGCUGGGCUCUGGGUAA